UCUCUUCUAAUAAAAUCGCCAGAUCGGUCGGUCACGUUUUCCCUCACUGCGUAGAAAUAAAUGGAUUUUUCUAAUAUCGAAAAUUUUUUUCGCUGCUUGUUGGAUGAUCACAGAACGUUUUUUCGUGGACCGGCUGAUUAUCAAUUGGGCGUCAGAUUCAAUCGAGAAGCUGAAACUUGGCUGUAGAACCUAAACAGUGGUUUUACAAACACACGAUAGUUACCGGGGGCGCGUAUAUACAUACGUUUUGCAUUUCAAGGAAUUUUCAGCCAGUCUCAAGCGGUGAGUACUGAGCUAAAAUAAUCAUUCGUCGAAAGAUAAUCUGGAACCAUUUCCCUAUUUUCCGUUUUUUCCAUUUUCUACGUGGAGAAAAUUGGCGGCCUGCCGUUUUGCAACUUAACCGUUGCUAAAAACGUGGUAUCGUGCUGAAAACGUGUACGCUUAGAGGAUUGACGAUUUGUUGCUGUCAGCAGUUUUUUGAAUAAAUACAAGGCCUACUUAGUUUUGGCUCACAGGUGAGCCUUUUUCCAAUUUUUCCACUAGUUGGUGUUGUGGUGCUGUGCGUUGUACUUUUCCAGAACUCUCUCAUAUCGACGACUGUUACGAGAUGACGAAGAAGCUGAAGCCGAAGCUGCAUGCACGGGAUAACAUCAUUGACUUCCUCGUACGCACGGACCAUUUCCUGAAGCAAUAUGAUCCGGCCAAUCACGCUCUCCAGGUUGAGGCACGACUCGACAAGCUUGAUGAAAAGUGGGACGAAUUCGGAGAAGUUCAGACGCAGAUAGAGGAGAUGGAAGAGCUAGAGGAGGAAAGAACGGACCAGCACAAGAGAACCCGAGCCGAGUUCGAGGAGUUGUACUUCCAGGUAAGGGCAGGGUUGAAAUCAAAGUUGCCAACCAUUCCAAUUUCUCCCUCUACCUCUAACGAUACCCCUCCACGUAUGGGAACAUGUGCCAGUAUUCAAUUGCCAAAAAUUAACUUGCCAGAAUUUAACGGGGAAUUUGACAAGUGGUUGCCAUUUUUUGACACUUUUAAAUCGCUGAUCCAUGGCAAUCCGGAUCUAAGCGCGAUACAACGUUUCCACUACUUACGAGCGUCUUUGAAGGGUGAGGCGCUGAAGGUGGUAGACGCAUUCCCAAUGAGCGAAGCGAGCUACGGUGCUGCUUGGUCUGCUUUGACUAAGCGAUUUUCAAAUGUGUACUUGCAGAAGAAGCGACACGUAAAUGCUCUGCUACAGUACCCGAAAUUAAAGAAGAUAACAGCAAGUGGCAUCCAUGAUGUCAUCGACUGCUUUGACCGACAUCUGAAAAUUUUAGAUCAAUUGGGAGAAGUGACUGCGGGUUGGGGGGCGAUGCUGACGCAGCUGGUGAUAUCGAAGCUGGAUGACGUUUCGCAGAAAGAUUGGGAAGAAUUUGCUCUGAUGAAGGAAGAGCCAGCGUACCUGCACGUGAUGGAGUUUUUAGAAGGACAAACCCGAAUUCUAGAUGCGAUAGCUGUCGACCAGUGUUUCGAAAGCAAACAAGUUUCACUCUCUUCUCCUACCCCACCAGCAAAGAAACCGUUUUCGAAGUUGUCGGUCCAUUCAGUGUCGGAAAAUUCAUUGCCGAAGUGUGUCUCUUGUAGCGGUUCCCAUUACAUCAGUAACUGUCCUGAUUUCUUGAAAAUGACACUGGAUAAACGGUUCCAGGUCGUGAAUUCGAAAAAACUAUGCAGCAACUGUCUGCGUCGUGAUCACUACAGUCGAGAUUGUAGUUCUAAUUUCCGUUGUCGAACGUGCAGUAAGAAGCAUCACACUUUGCUUCAUCCUGGAUUAUCAACAUCUGGUUCUGGAUCUGCGGCUGAUACUCAGUUUCCCAAGAAAACGCAAACGGCUGGUUCUGGUGCUCUUAUGAAUACGGCAGUCAAAACGGAAACAACUCAACAGUCUCUUCAGAGUUCGGUAGCGACAAUCUAUGCAGCUAAUGUCGCAGCGGAAUCACGGGAAGUACACGUCUUUUUGUCAACAGUUCUCGUAUUUGUGAAGGAUUGUAACGGACGGUUGCAUACUGCGAGAGCGCUCUUAGACAGCGGAUCUCAAACGAAUUUGAUAUCCGAAAGACUCUGUCAGAUGUUAAAAUUACACAGAAAAGCCAAAAAUAUACCAAUCUCUGGUAUCGGCAGCGCGCGGAUACAGAUAAACGGUUCUGUGUCCACCACGAUCGGUUCACGUAUCACAAAUUAUUCAGUGCCGAUGGAUUUUUUGGUGAUCAAAAAGGUUACGGAAGACCAGCCCUCGACAACAAUUCCGAUCGGCAAUUGGAAUUUUCCAUCAGAUAUGACUUUGGCAGAUCCAGGUUUCCAUAAGCGAGCGCCGAUUGAUAUUCUGUUGGGUUUGGAGUAUUUUUACGAGUUCUUGUUACUGAAUGGUGGCCGGAUACAAAUCCAGCGGAUAGAUGAAGGACUUCCACUCUUUGUCAAUACCGUUUUCGGGUGGAUUGCAGCUGGUAAGGCGAAUUUGGGUAGCCUCAAUCCUGUCCCAUGCUGUCACGCAAGCGUCAAAACAACUACCCUGGAGGAAAAGAUUGAGAGAUUUUGGGCGAUUGAAGAACUACAAGAUGUAACGAAGCUAACCCAGGAAGAGCAAGACUGUGAAGAGCACUUUCGAACUACUUUUUCACGUGAUUCAACGGGAAGAUACGUGGUACGUCUGCCGAAGCGAAUGGGUUUCGAGCAGAUGAUAGGCGAAUCGAAGGACAUGGCGGUGCGUAGACUUGUACAGCUCGAACGGCGACUGAACAAGGAUUCGGAACUACGUAGACGUUACAACGAAGCGAUUCAAUCAUACUUAGAUCAAAACCACAUGACGAUCGUUCCGGAGGAAGAGCUUAAACGCGAUAAACGGAUUGCUUUCUACCUUCCUCACCAUCCCGUCUUCAAGGAGUUGAGUUCGACCACGAAGAUUCGGCCAGUAUUCGAUGGUUCAGCCAAGACGUCAUUCAAUUACUCUCUUAACGAUGCUCUAAUGACAGGUCCAGUCAUCCAGGAUCCUCUGUUUGAUUUGCUGCUUCGUUUCCGUAUGCAUUCUGUGGCUCUCGUUGCUGACAUCGAGAAAAUGUAUCUGCAGGUGAAGGUCCAUCAUGACGACACUUCUUUGCUCCGGAUUUUGUGGAGAUUCUCGCUAUCAGAACCUAUUGCAACAUAUGAAAUGUCUAGAGUGACUUUUGGUUUAGCUCCAUCAUCGUUCCUCGCAACGCGAUGUUUGCAGCAGUUAGCACACGACGAAGGUGAUCAAUAUCCACGAGCGAAAGCGGCGCUCGUACAUGAUUUCUACGUGGACGAUUUUAUCGGAGGUGCGAAUUCCGAAGAACAAGCUAUUUUACUACGGCGAGAAUUAGAGCAGCUGUUGCCUAAAGGUGGUUUCAGACUGCGAAAAUGGGUAUCAAGUUCGGAAGCUGUGUUGGCAGGUUUAUCUGCUGAAGAUUUGGGAACGACAUCCACAUUGAGUUUCGACCAGGAGCGUGUAAAAACGCUAGGAAUCAACUGGCAACCAGGGCCAGAUUCAUUGAGCAUAGACGUCUCGGGUCUUGCUGUAAGCGGACAGUGGACUAGGCGUAAAAUUUAUUCCGUUGUGGCUCAAUUAUUCGAUCCGACUGGUAUAACAGCUCCUGUCAUCGCGUGGGCUAAAAUUCGGAUGCAGCUAUUAUGGGUGGCUACUCAAGGUUGGGAUGAUCCAUUGCCACCAGACUUAGAUAAACAGUGGGCAGAUUUCUAUCAGCAACUUCCAUUGCUCUCCAACAUCAAAAUUAACCGACAUGCUUUUACUGAUAAGCCGGCGUUAACACAGUUCCAUGUAUUUUCGGAUGCAUCCGAAGCUGCCUACGGCGCAUGCAUCUAUACUCGUUCUAUCAGCCAGUACGGGCGAAUCAAAGUCGAGUUGCUGGCAGCUAAAUCUCGCCCCGCAAGCCUGAAGAAAAUUACACUCGCAAGGUUGGAGCUGUGUGGUGCUUUUGUUGCUGCUAAACUUUACCGCGCGAUCGUUCACGCACUCAAGAUGAAGGAAAUUGAGACUUGGUUCUGGUCGGAUUCGACCGUUGUACUGUCGUGGAUAAAACUGCCACCAUACGUGUGGCCUACAUUCGUCGCAAACCGGGUCUCCCACAUUCAAGAACUUACAAAGGGACACCGGUGGAAUCAUGUUAAAGGAUCUGAGAAUCCUGCUGAUCUUGUGUCGCGAGGAGUUAUGCCGAAGGACCUCGCAGACUUACCGCACUGGGUUCAUGGUCCACAUUGGUUAUCGUUUUUUGAUCAACAUUGGAACACUAACGAGCAUUUGAAUUACGAGAAGCCAUCGGAUGAGUUGUUAGAGAAGAAGAAAAAUGUACUUGUGGUAACGGACCACACACAACCUCAUCCUUUUUUGGAUAAUUAUUCCUGUUACUGGAAACUGUUGCGGAUUACGGCGUACUGCGUGAAAUUCAUCCGGAAAUGUAAACGACGCAGCUCGCCCCCCACUAUUCCGAUUCUCAGCGUUAAGGAUCUUCAAGAAGCUAAGUACGCACUGGUGCGGUGUGUUCAGCGAGAGUCAUUCGCUGUAGAGAUCAAAGCACUCGCAAAUCAUCGUAUCAUUCCUGCUCAUUCGUCACUGAAAUUGCUUAACCCUUUCCUGGAUCAGCAAGGCAUACUUCGCGUUGGUGGCCGGCUCAAUCUCGCUGGAGAAUCGUAUUCAGUUCGACACCCUAUGAUUAUACCCGGUAACCAUUCAUUUUCGCGAUUGAUGGCUGUCGCAUAUCACAAAAUGGCACUACAUUCCGGCCCCCGUAUGACGCUCGCUCAAAUUCGGCAAGAAUUCUGGCCUUUAAAUGGUAAGGCACUGGUAACUUAUAUUUUCCGGAAUUGCACUCACUGCUUCCGAAGCAACCCUGUCCCUGUAUCCCAACCCCCUGGUCAACUCCCUAAACCUCGUACAACUCCUAGUCGUGCUUUUGCUGUUACCGGUGUAGACUAUUGCGGCCCAGUCUAUUUAAAGCCUGUGCACCGUCGUGCGGCAGCUCAAAAAGCUUACAUUGCUGUGUUUGUAUGCUUCAGCACGAAAGCUGUGCAUCUCGAGUUGGUAGGAGAUCUCACAACUGCCGCUUUCCUGGCUGCCUUGCGACGUUUCAUAUCUCGUAGAGGUCUUCCCGCCGAAAUCCACUCGGAUAACGGCCUUAAUUUCCAGGGAGCCAGCAAUCACCUUCGAGAGCUAUACGACUUGUUACGUGAUCCAACAACGACAAUUGAAAUCACUCAUGAAACAUCCCAGCGUGGCAUAAUCUGGAAAUUCAUCCCGCCACGAUCACCAAACUUCGGCGGCCUUUGGGAGGCAGCAGUGAAAUCUGCGAAGCGGUCACUCAUCCGCGUUCUGGGCCAGCGACAACUCUCCUUCGAGGAUAUGACGACAAUUCUUACGCAGAUCGAAGCUGUUAUGAACUCUCGACCACUUACUCCACUGUCGGAAGAUCCAAGCGAGCUGGACGUGCUCACUCCCGGGCAUUUUCUGACAGGCACUUCUCUAUUGGCAAUACCCGAUCCAGAUUAUACGGAUGUCCCCACGAAUCGACUACAGCACUACCAGCAACUGCAAUUGUUGGUUCAGCAGCAUUGGAAGCGGUGGAGGCGGGAAUAUAUCUCGCAACUUCAUAACCAAAACCAGCGAUUUCCUCAAGCAACACAACUGAAAGUUGGGCAAAUGGUGGUGCUCAAAGAGGAUGGCAAUGCGGCUAUUGAAUGGCCUUUAGCUCGCAUCACUGAAAUUUUCCCAGGCCCUGACGGUGUGGUCAGGGUAGUGAAGGUUCGAACGCCGAAUGGAGCUGUUUAUAAGCGCCAAGCAUCACGUAUCUGCCUGCUGCCGUUCGAGAAGAUCAAUGCUUUGCAGUCAACACACGACGAUAAUCCGCUACUCAUGGGCACAUACCCGAAUGGCGAAUAA